ACUUCUUUUUUUCUCGUUUUAGGUGUGCCUCAUCCAGUUUAAAAGUAUUUUUAAGUUGAAGCAACAUUUUCUCUCAAGGGCACAUAAAGAGAAAAUGGAAAACGUCUUCCAGAAAGAUAUUUUAAAGGGACAUGGCACCUUUCCCUUUAUUACUCCGCUAGCGAAACAUGAAAAACAUCCCAUCAUAGGCUUGUCUCUGCUGACUCUGUGUUUCAGUCGAGAGACAGACACCCAUUAUUAUCUGUGCCAUGUCUGUGAGGAAAAGCGUCCCUCAGACAAGAUUUUACACCACCUGUCUUCUGGUGACCACUGCAGCAACUACUUUAACUACACCAACCCCAAUGUACUGCCUUUCUCCUGGCUCCCCGUGAUGGAUAUGAGAGCCUUUCUGAAGCCUGAGAUCACAAAGGAAGUCAAUGAAAGAGGGCCUGGACUACUAAAGAUGUUGGAUUUACCUGGAGAUCUGUUUAAAAAGCUUGAAACGAGUACCUACAAUGAAGCGAUGAAAACGCUUAGUGAAAAUGAGAAGCUUCCCAAGCUGUUUGAAGCUUUUAAGCCAAACAGGACGAUGAUACAAACAUACCAAAGAGACAGCAACAGGAAGCAUCCACUUCUUGGCAUGCAGCACCUUGUUGAAUGCAUUGGUGCUGGACUGACUGAGAAGAGACACUACCUCUGCACGCUCUGCAACCUAACUAUAGCCACCCACACGAUCAUCAAACAUGUCCUGAGCUUUGACCACAUCUUUUGUUACUUUAGAGCAUGGCACCCCUCUACUUUGUUGACAAAGGAAUGCUACCAGAGCUACAACAAGGACUUUGCCUGCAUGAUACUUGAUCUAGCAAAGCAGACAGAGGAAAUUCAUGGUACUGCAAACACUGAUAUGAAGCAAGUGAACCUGGAGCCUGGUACAUCAGUGAAUUUCAGUCGUUAUGCAGAAGCUUUGAAGAAACUGGAAUCCAUCACGAAGGAAAACAAGACCAGCUUGAUUACAACCGUCAAGCCAGGGAACAAGCUGGAGCGUCAUACUGCGUCAGCAGGGUCUGUAGCAGUGCAUGCUACAUUAUUCUACAAAGUUCGCUGUCAGAACUGCAAUAUGGUCUUUACCAUAGGUCAGUAUUUGAAUCAUUUGGCAGAUUUGCAAAACUGGAACCACAAACGGAUGUUGAAGAAAUCCUUUCCUGAAGCUGGAAGAGAUGACCAAACAGCAUUCACACCCUGGCUGGACUUGUACACGUACACCCGAGGGAAGGAACCAGCUGUUGGUGCAAGCCUGAUAGUGACGUGUAUCACCACCGAGAUUCAAAUGAAACCUAUUUAUGUGUGCUUUGCUUGUGAGGACUCUUUCUCGGAUUCCUUUCUCAAAGAACACUUAGACUCUCAAAAACAUCUCAUACUCACAUUGGUGUACCAGAAUCCCUGGCGUCUCCCUUUUGCCUGGGAGAAACCUCUGGAUAUGAAUUUCUUGAGGUCAAUGGCGUGGGAAGAGGAGAAGGAAAGAGGAUCACAUCAGAUGAUGCUGAAGGUGCUUGAUAUGCCAUACUGGAUGUUCCAGAGGCUCAUCCCACCUUCUUACCCUAAAGUGAUGGAGAGACUUGAACUAUACCACACUAUCUUAAAGCGUGAAGUUCCACGGUGUGAAACAUACAGCAAACUCCAACAAAACGAGAGAUUUCCUUUGCUUGGUCAUCAGUUCAUGGUCAGUUACAGUGUGGCUGUCAAAUGGCAUCCGUCCACAGAAAGGGAAUCCCUGUGUUUGCUCUGUGAGAGGAAGCUGUCAAAAGAUGAAUAUUAUGCUCAUGUGUUCAGUCGGGAACAUGUUGGAACAUUUCUGAACCAUUUCCACCCAGGCUCGCUGAACUCAAGCAUGGAUGCAGAGACCUUGUUGGACUUGGCAAAACAGGCCGCACGUAUUCAUUCUGUAUCACAUGCACAGAUCAUGGCGUUGGAGACGCCCAUCUGGGAGCCAUGCUCCUACCGGAAAACAAUAUCCAUCCUGGCAUCUGUGAAGAGGAGAGAAGGCAAAGGAAAGCUUGAACCUGAAAUAAUACCAAAAAUGAAGCUUUCCCCCAGAAAAACUUCAAAAGACAUGGACAAGGACCAUGUGAGAGACAACAGUCAGAAAAACGGCAGGAUGAUGGGGGGCCUGAGAAAAACUACAGUCAGAAGUCCAUAGACAAUAAUGAGACGACCAUGAAAAAGAUUUCAGUAGAAGCUGCUGCUGAAAUCACCAGUAUACACUGUGUAG